UUUUUCUUCCAGAGCGCAUCCCGACCACUUGGGCAGAAUGGGUGUACUGGCAGGCAUGAAAUGACAUGAUAAAAUGCGACAGGGGCGCACGCCGUAUUGACGCGCCAAGAUAAAAAUGCCUUGGUUGCUACUUGGAACUGCUGUCUUGGAAUUGAUAUGCCUGGGCACAACUGUAGACUCCGCUAUUAUUCAAAAGCGCCUCAUUGGAACGGCCUGCAACACAACGGCGCAAUGCCAGGCACUGCUACCAAAAAGCCAAUGCAUAUAUUCAAGCUGCUUUUGUAUAGGUGGUCACUACUACAGCUGGAAAAACAACAGCUGCAUCCCACUCAUGCUCCUUGGUGAGAACUGCACACACGACAACGAGUGCAGCUCCCACCUCAUGUGUAGCGCCCAGCGGUGCACCUGCAUGCCAGGAUACAAACAGGUCAAGGAUUGGUGCGAACCAACGCAGAUGCAAGAUGACACUGAGCGGUUUAUGGAGUUCCCACAGGAACAACCCAACCUGCUCGUUGUCAUACUUAAGGGACUUGGUAUCAUUGCCCUCAAGGUGUCCCUCUUCUACCUGCUGGCAAAAGUGAUGUGUUUCUCUUGCAAUCACAUGGUGAGUCAGCAAGAAUAUACUGCCGGCGAAAUCUACAGCCCACCAACCAAGCCCUGUUCACAGGAACAGCUGGCAGUUAGCAUGCCAUACCCCUCCACAAUUGCAACCGGUGCACAAUACCAGGUGCCACUCUACAUAGACCAAACGGUGCAGUUCCCUAAGGAGCAGACACUCAACUAUACUGGAGAACAACCUACUACACCUCAGCCUGCUUUUCCAGCUUAAGCCCACAUACAUACACUGUGCCAAGUUGUUCUUGUGUACCACAGCACUGAUUUGAGGCAGGCUACCACUACAGCUAAACUGCUGGCUAACCUCUUUCACUAAAGCUGUAUCACUUGAAAUCAUUCUACCAGCUGAGAAUGCAGACAUUCUGUCUUCCAAUUUGUGCUUCUUCGUGCUCUCAUCUAUACGCAAGGCAACCAACGAUUGUUUAGAGAGAGAAAUGCACAUGUUUGAUGUGUAUAACAAUGUCACGCAUAGUGUGCUAUUGUUGCUGCUGAUAAAUGAUCCAAACUGUCAUGCCAGGGCUGAAUAGUAAUAAUUGUGGUCGCACAUAUUGAAGCUGCGCUGCGAACUGUGAUGGACAGCGGAGGUCUCCAAAUUAAUUUUGACCGCAUAAGUUUGAUUCUGCUCAUUCAUGGGAUUUGAUGUCUCGAGGGCUAUGAGAGUUGUCAUAGUGAGGGACUGAAAAUUAAUUUUAACCUGGGAUUUUUUUUUAAUGUACAUGAAACCAUGUUGCAUUAGUGCUUUUGCAUUGCACGCUUGUUGCGAUAGUGGAGGAAUAUGGUAGCCACGUAUGGUACUGAACCUGCUGCAUAACAUGCUCAGCAGCAGAAUGCCAUAGCCUGCCGUUGAACCACCAUGGCAAUUCCACCUGGUUUUCGUUUAAGUGCACCUAAAUUUAAGCACGUAAGCAUUUUUGAAUUUUGAUUUUAUUGUAAUGCACCAAUUACAAUCGUGAGCCAAGCCCUCAUGCUCGGCUGCAGAAUACCAUAGCCACUGCAACAGAUUAGGCACUGUCAACACGCUUUUCUUUAUGAGAAAGACUUCCACUUGCAGAAAGGCUUGCUGAACAGAGCUUGUCCUUUGUCUAGCAAGUUUUUGUCGCAAAAAGCGCUGAGCACCUCGUGCAGUGACAGUCAAUCGCCUAGCUUCAACUUUUGCAUUAUUGACACUAUCUAAAUUCUGGGGUUUUACAUGCCAAAACGAUGAUACGAUUACAAAACACGUCAUAGUUGGGGACUCCGAAUUAGUUUUGACCGCCUGGGGUUCUUUAAUGUGCACACAAUGCACGGUACAAAGGCAUUGUUGCAUUUUGAUCCCAUUGAAGUGCGGCCAUCAUGGCAGGUAUCGUCACUAUUAGGUGCUAUCGGCAUGUGCAGACUACCAGGAAAAAGAAGCUGCACUCACUCAUUACAGAAAAAAAUAAAAGUGCCACAAGAUUAAAGCACUAACAAUAGUACAGUACCACAAAUUAGAGUCACUGGCAAUUGUUUUCAUAAAAGUGAACAUUCAAUUGGACUAAGUAAGUCCAGAUAGUUGAAGAAAUUACAUUAAAACAGAAGAAUUGUUGAUAAUGACCUCCAACGAGUAAAGCCCUCUUUCAUACCUAUCAAGCUUGUAUGAUAUCACUUUUUUCAUUCUGUGCUUUCAUGCUGGCAUUUUGUAAAGUAACUCUUUUAACUUUGCUUAAAUAUGUUUUGCACUCAUGUUUGUAAACCUCAACAGAAAAAGUAAAAGAAAUAAAGAAAAAUAUCUGCA